AUGAACGCCCCAGAUAGAUUCGAGUUGUUCAUUUUGCCCGAUGGCGUGGAAAAAAUCAAAAUCGUUCCCGACACCAAAGUGCCCAAUGCUGCCAUCAUCAAGAUCGAAAGAGAAGACCACACGCUAGCCAACUUGUUGCGUGCACAGUUGGCCAAGGAUGACAAGGUGAUUUUCGCUGCCUACAAGGUUGAGCACCCAUUGUUUGCCAACUUUGUGUUGAGAAUCCAGACUGAAGACGACUAUACGCCUCGUGAGGCGUUGAAAAAUGCAUGUUCGAGCUUGAUUUCCGAGUUGGAUGUGCUCAAGACAAAGUUCAAGGAUGAGUGGGCCCUUAAGUCCUUGCUUAAUAACAACGACGAUGAGUUGUAG